UCACUCACGGGGCCCCUCGGUAGAUGAAGCAGAAGCUCUCCACAGAGAUGCUGCCUCCGCCAUUCCCCCUCUGCUUCGGACAGACCACCAGAGGGAAAGAGCAGAGAGAGGCACUGCUGCUGCAUCUGACGGCGAGUCACCUCUUAUAGAAGGCAGUCAAGGAAGAAGAAGAAGAAGAUCCUUUUUUUUUUUCUUUUUCAGUUUUGGUUAGUUCCGGAAGUGGCCGGACGACAUGGGAGCCGCGGAGGAAGGAGGGGAGAGCAGCCUCCGGCGGUCGAGGUCACUCCUGGCGUCCCUCCGGGAGCGGACGGCUGUCAUACGGCCGUUCAGAGCCAAGUGGGCCUCCGUUAACCGGAUCCUCGACCAGCUCCCGUCCCAGCUGGAUGACCUCGCUGACUUCCCCCGUUCUGGCGAGAAUCCGCUGUGCGCGCAGCUUCUCCGCUCCCUCGCCGACGCUUUGGCGGAGACGCUAUCCCUAGCUUGUGCCUGUGAUGGGGACUCCACGGGUUCUGGCGUAGGGAAGCUGCGGAUGCAGAGCGAUAUCGAUGCUGCGGCGAUGAAGCUCGGCCGGCUCCUCCGCGACUGCGAGCUCCUGCUGGGGAGUGGCGUCCUCCGGGAGGAGCAGGACACCGGUGAGCAUCCCGCGAGGUCUCGCAGAGAGGCCUUACGGCACGAUGCGCGGACGCUGAUCGCCCGGUUGCAGAUUGGCGACCCGGCGGCCAGGGUGGCGGCGCUCGAUUCGCUCCUAGCACUGGUCGGCGACGAGGACAAGAACGUCCUGGUCGCCGUCGCUCAGGGGGCCGUUCCCGUGCUCGCACGGCUGCUUGACUCGGCCACUGGCUCGUCGGAGCUACGAGAAGGGGCCGUCUCCGCAAUCGCGAGGAUCUCGCAGGUGGAGGGAUGCAGGCACGCGCUUGUGGUCGAGGGUGUCCUGGGGAACCUCAUUCGGAUCGUUGAGUCCGCCGGCGGGGUGGCCCGCGAGCGAGCGUGCGUCGCUCUCGAGACGCUGACUGCUGCGUCGCCGGAAAACGCCAGAGCCGUCGGGACGAGACCCGGAGUAGCGGCGCUAGUGGAAAUCUGCCAAAUAGGGACGCCGAGCGCGCAGGCGCUCGCAGCCGGGGUACUCCGAAACGUCGCCGGCGUACGAAGGGGGCUCGCCGAGGACGAUGAUCGCCUCGUACCGGCGCUUGUGACUCUCGUGAAUUCCGGCACGCUCGCGGCGCGGGAGAACGCGGCGGAGUGCCUCGUGAACCUGGCAAUGGACGACGAGGCGGUGAGGCUCGACGUGGUCCGGGAGGGCGGGGUACAGUUCCUCCGUAGCUUCUGGGACGGCGCUUCCACCGCUCGAUCACAGGAGAUUGCGGUCAGGAUCCUCCGGAGCUUCGCAGACCACAUCCCCCUCGCCGCUUCCGGCUUCGGCCCCCGCCUCGCUGACGCUCUCAACUCUUCGGCUGCCUCUGUUCGGGCAGAGGCCGCAGAAACUAUAGCUCAAUGGGCGUCGCCGGCAGGUCCAUCCGACGAUUACUCGGCCGCAAAGGUGUUUGGCGAGGCGAAUUGCGUAGCUCCCCUGGUCCGGAUGCUCGAGGGGAAGGUCUUAAAGGAGAGGGAGGCUGCCGUCAAGGCGCUUGCGGCGUUGGUUGGGUUCGCCCCAAACCGCCGGAUUCUCAAGAAGGAGGAGAAGGGGGUCACUGGAGUCGUGCAGAUUCUGGACCCUUCCAUCAAGGACUUAGAUAAAAAAUGGGCAAUCGCUGUGCUGACGUCGUUGUCUAAGUCGGGCAAAUGCCGGAAGCAGAUGGUGGAUGCCGGUGCCAUCGUCUACCUGCAGAAGCUCGCCGCCGCGGAGGUUACUGGAGCUAGGAAGCUUCUCGAGUGCUUGAAUAGAGGGAAGCUGUGGAACGUGUUCGUGAGAACGUGAACAAUGGAAUUCGGCUUUUCCGGCGCCGUCCUCGUCUUCUGUUUCAACAAUUGAGAAUCUCUAUGUACUGUUAUAUGUAUGUAUAGCUUACUGCAUUCUCUUCCUCACUCUUACCUUCUCCUCCUCCGUUUCUCUUCUCUACCGUUUAUUGUAAUAAGCAUUUUCAGAGGGAGAGAACUUGAGGCAAAUGGGAAAAUUAAAGUUAUUUGUUUGAUUGCUGCUGUUGUAUAUUUGGUUUGUUUAACUUAAUCGAAGAGUUUCUUCUUGUGAUCUUAA